GUGAGGAAUUUCGGAAUAAGCUUGCCCAGGUCCGGGUACACCAAGGAACAGGAAACAGGGGGGGCCACAACUGGGUGUAGUCAUGGUGGCUCAUCGUUGAACGGGAUUCCAGUGUAGGGGUUUUCUGCUGUGCGGUGCUGUCAUGACUUGGUGCUGUCAUUGAAAUGAUGGUGUGAUUCUUUUGGUUUUACUGACCGGGAUUAUGGAUUUACGAACCACAGGUACUUCCGGUAGAGUCCUUUAGCACUUGUCAGUAUAUUAACUUUGUUUUAAAAAAAAAAAUUUAAAAAAUAAAAAAGACGGAAGGGGUGGGGGGGAUACAAGUACCCGUAACUAAAUAAAGAAGUGUCAAUGUAAUAAAAUUAUUUUUAUUUCCGUAUUAGUGUAUAUGGUCAAGUGGACCUUAAGCAAAAUCCAUGCAAAGAAGAAAAAAAGCAUUGAAAACAACAACCACAUUGUAUUAUGAUGUCCAAAUGUUUAAGAACCAUGUACAUACAUAAAUUAUCAGGAGUAACACUUGAUUUUUAAAAAUGUUCUUCUUGAAAUAAUUUUUUUUUGAAUUGAUAAUAAUUAUAAACAUUCAUCCACAACGGAGUUAUCAUUUUGUAAUAUUGGAAUAAACAUUAACUUUUGAAGAAUUUAAAGAAUAUUUUUUUUCAUUGCAGAUGGCAAUACUGUAAAACAUUUUUCAAUAAAAUUUGUAAAUAAUUGACACAUUUUAUAAUCAAUGAAACAUAAUUAGGCCUACUUCUAUAAAGAUCAAAUAAGUUUUGAAAGCUGUUUUCAGUUCGUCAUAAUAACUGGAAACAUAUUUUCACAUGCAAGUCUUUACGAUCAUGACAAAAAACAACAACAGCAACAAAUACAACCGUAUAACAUGGUAGGUUUAGAUCAAUAGUACUUUUCUCUCUCUAAUAAUGUGUGGUCUUAAGUUAGGCUUAAGGUGUGACCUGUGGAAACAAAGUUGCUAUGAAGAAACGAGGAUUUUUUGAGCACUUGCGCGCAUUUCUUAACGGUAUCAAAUGCCAAAUGUACUGCAGUCAGUCAAUUUUUUUUUUAUAUAUAUAUAUAUAUAAUUUCGAUAUGACUUGAAACUGUCUCACCAGAUCUGGCAACUUACGCUUUUUAUGGAAAGCAAAUCGCCCGAAGGAGAUAAAAAAACAACAUGUUGACAACAAAUGACCCGACUAAACAAACAACAGAUAGUUUGAAAUCUUCUGGGCUCAACAACAAGCGUUAAGGUUUAAGAGUUUCAGUAGUGGAACACAAACUGUCGACGGUGUCGGAAAUAUAGCAUCCAUUUUGAUUGAUGGAUACAAUAACCUAGGGAAUGUGUGUAUGGGAGGAUAUCUGACACAAUACAGAUGACGAAAUGAUGUCACGUGAGCUCAAGUGAAGUUCUCGAUGAUUUUUGGUGGGUGUAAUUGUAACACUCUAAGAAUUUCUUUGGCCACAGACUUUAUUUACACUGGGGACCAAGAUUUCAAGGUUAUUUUGCAAGUACUUUUUUAACAGUGACCAAAGCAUUACUUACAAAUUAUACCUUCAUAUUAUGUUAUUAUUUAUGUCAACAUAAUGUUGCUUUCAUUUGAAGAAUAGAGUUAAUUACGUUCAGUGAUUUUUAACCUAUUUUGGUUACGCGGCUUAUGCUUAUACUAAACUGUUGAGAAAUCUUUUUGUUUCUUUGUAUAUGUAAACAGUGGCGUCACUCGGGGGCGGGGGGGGGGUCCGGUCCCACCGAUUGAUACCCCCUUUUUUGUUUAUAGUAAGUGUCAUCGUUUUCUAUGAUCAAUCUUUUUGCUCAUGAACCAAAGAGUCUGCGGCUCAGGGAACGAAGCCGAAGAUGGAUCAAUAUUUGAAGUUUUAACAUUCAUAACUAAACGGUACUUUCUAUCAUGUCUCCCCAAGAAUGUGUCACGAGCCUCGCAGUAAGCCUACAAUGACUUCUCCCGUUAUGGGUAUUUGUGGCUUCAUGUCAGGGGGAGCUUUUCAACAAUGAAACGUAUAAAAGAGCUCCUUGCGAUCAUAUCUGAAAAAAAGUCCAGGGACCUCAAUUUUACAUGUUUAUACGUGUGCCUUUUAUUGCUAAAGGACUAAAUGGACACCACCUUAAACAUUAAACGAUUCUGCAUGAUCUGGUUGUGGAUUACACGCUGCAGGUCGGGGGGGGGUGGCUAUUCCAAUUUUAUGGGGGGGGGAUGAGUUUACGGCACCGGGUGACACCAACCCUGGUGACGCCUCUGGGCUGCAGCCUGUUUAUUAAAUAGCAGUCGUCUUUAUCUUCAGGUGUAAAAUCGUAUCACGUGAUGUUUGUUUCUUAAUCUGGAAAUGGAGUCUGAACCACGGAAACUUUGAACUUAAAUUGAUGUGAAAACUCUACAUGCCAUACGGACGUGUAUUAUUUGUUUGGAAUGUAAACAUGGAACGGAAGUGGAUCAGGUUUUUCGGAACCUGGAGAGGAAAAUGGUGCUCAUUUUCAGGGAUUCUCUGAUGGGAUUGGUAGGCCUCAAAGUGGACAUUUAUAGAUUUAAAGGGGUAAAAUGAUACUUCGCUGACGUUAAUUUAAGAUCUUUUUAUUCGAUACUCAAAACAACCUAUUUGACUGGGCAUCGGGGGGUUUAGCCCUAAAUGUACCCACAUUUCAGGGACUUACUUAAUGGCAUGAUUGGAACCGUUGGGCUAAGUGUUUAGACCCUUUAAAAAAAAGAAAAAAGAAAAUGAGGAAGCCCAAUGUAAACCGAUCAUGCUCGAAUAAUGCCCAGGAAACAGGAAAUGCCUUGAUUAAGUCUGCGCAUUUAAAGCAGGUCUGGUGUUAGUAGGAGAUGACAGAGUGGGUGGGGCAGAGCGGGAGGUUAAACGGGCUUACGUAAUAGUCUCCCUUUGCUGGUCUCUCGGUGAGCUUAGUUUAGCUCUGGCAGCUGGUCUGUAAUGUUGUCCCCUUCGCUGGUCUCUCUGUGAGCUUAACUUAGCUCUUGCAGCUUCUCUGUAAUAUUGUCUCCCUCGAUGGUCUCUCUGUGAGCUUAGUUUAGCUCUGGCAGCUAGUCUGUAAUAUUGUCUCCCUCGCUGGUCUCUCUGUGAGAUUAGUUUAGCACUGGCAGCUUGUCUGUAAUAUUUUCUCCCUCGCUGGUCUCUCUGUGAGCUUAGUUUAGCUCUUGCAGUCUUUCUGUAAUAUUGUCUCCCUCGCUGGUCUCUGUGUGAGCUUAGUUUAGCUCUUGCAGCCUCUCUAUAAUAUUGUCUCCCUCUCUGGUCUCUCUGUGAGCUUAGUUUAGCUCUUGCAGCCUCUCUGUAAUAUUGUCUCCCUCGCUGGUCUCUCUGUGAGCUUAGUUUAGCUCUUGCAGCCUCUCUGUAAUAUUGUCUCCCUCGCUGGUCUCUCUGUGAGCUUAGUUUAGCUCUUGCAGCCUCUCUGUAAUAUUGUCUCCCUCGCUGGUCUCUCUGUGAGCUUACUUUGGCACUGCUUUCUUUUAUAAAAUAUUUAUAUAUAUAUAUUGAAUGACUUAUAAGGAGCCUCUUUUGGGCUUAACAGUAAAUCAGUGUUUCCCAACUUUUGUAUACUUCGAGCCCCCACGAAUUAUUUGACUAAUCUCGCACACCCUAUAGUCUAUUUUAAAAUAUUUUUUUAAUAUUAUUUUUUUGAAUUUCAAAAAGAGUUGCAUUACAUUUAAUAUUAACUUUUGACUUACAUCGCAUUUAUUAUGUCUUUAACGUUAAACAGAAAUUUUAAAUAACAAAGUUAAGGUGUUGUGUAUCUCCGUUUUGUGACAUCCAGAAUCUUUCUCUACAUUUCGAUGCCAUCUUACAUUUCUUUUUUUUCUCCCCCUUUUAAUUUCGCAACUCCGGCUUAUCGAAAGUAACGCCAAAUUUCACCAGUAGGACAAGACACGCUUAUCUUUUGGCAAAUCUCACAUUCUCCUCCUGACAUCUCUGGCUUCGGUAAACAUAAUAAGAAUCAUCACCCCCUUACUCUCAACCCCAGCAUGGUGGAUAGGUGUCAAGAGCAUGUACGUUAUAUCCAUUUAACUCCUGCACAACUGUGUUGCUGUGAACCAAAUCAAUUAGUUCACUCAGAUAUUUGAGUCAAACUUACGAUUGAAUAUAGUGAUGUGGGCAAUCAGGCUGCCACCAGUGCAUGCCGUGAAUAGGCAAUCACAACAGGUGCUAACCGAAACCUUAUGUGCCCAAAUGUAAUUAAAUAAUUUGUAACACUAUAUCACACAAGUCGAUUGAAAAGGGACGCUACAUAACAACCCCAGAAGGUCAUUGAAUAGUUUACUUCAGUCGGCUACUUCCCUUUAAAGCGUCUUCAAGUGCAUUAUAUUCUCCAAAACUGACUCGGAGCGGAAAGUGUUUGUGAACGCAAAAUCUUGCUGUAGCGCACCUUCCAUAUGAUGAGGUCUCCAUUUCAGUCUAAAAACACUGCAGCACAUUGUCAAUCCUAAGUGAUACCAAACUAAUGCAUGUUAACAAAGCAAAUGUCAAAGUGUCACUUAUUCCUUUCUCUCAUAUUUUAAAACACUGAGUUGCAGUUCAGAGGUUUGUUUCAAAACAAAAAAAACAUCUUAUUUUAAUGGGUUCGAUAACAAUAUAAACAACAGGACUGAAUUCCUCUGAACUGCAGAUAUGACAAUCUUGCUCUAAACAACAAAAAAAGAUUCUAAAAAUAAUAAUACAUAGAACUUGUGAAAUCUGAUCGUCUCUAAAUUCAGAUUUAAAUAUUCAGUGUCAAUAUGAUUUUAACGUCAGAUUAUUUGAUAUAUUGCGCCCAAAAAAAGUAGUCUUUAUAUUGAGAGAGUCAGACAUCCGCUCUGUUCUGAAGUAUUCAUAUAUUAACUUACCGCUUUUUAAAACUGUAGUUACAUUCACAUUUUUUCAAAAAAUAUUUAUUUAUUCGUAUUUUAUUCUAAACACCCACCUCUCCUUUGCUUUCCAAAUUUAAAUAAGUGACACAUUGGUCAUCUUGACCUGCGCAUGUCAGGAUGCUCUGAUCUCCAUUUGUAACACGUAUUUUUUGCUCUCCGCUUAGUGAUGAUAAUGUAUUCUGUUUAAAAAGCUGAACAUUUGGAGAGCGUGGUAAACUGGAGGAUUAGCCGAAGACAUGAUAAACGCUGGCUCCACGCAAUAGAUCCAUGCACAAAAACACAACAGAGAGGUGGCUUGUUAGGCUUUCCUUGUCCGUUCCGGGAUAGCUUGGCCGGAACGUCGCGACUUUUCGUCUUAACUGUUCCUCCGCUGCUCCGGUGUGAGACUGUCUGCGGGCAAACUGUAUGCGACUCACUGCGGACUUCGGUGUGAGACUCACUGCGGGUGAACUGUGUGAGACUGUCUGCUGUAAACUGAGUGAAUGGGUUGUUGGUCAGAGGAAGGAUGGGGCAAACUGAGUGAAUGGGUUGUUGGUCAGAGGAAGGAUGGGGCAAACUGUGUGAAUGGGUUGUUGGUCAGAGGAAGGAGGAAGACAAGCGUAAAUGUUUAGAUACUGUGUCAUAUUAAGUUUCAAAUGCAAAUCAUCAAUGUGACAUUGAAGUCAAUGCAUUUGACAAGCCCGAUGGCAAACAUUAGAUUGGACGCCCGUCCAAUCACUCUGUCAUAUCUUAUAUGUUGAUCACGUGCUAACACUCCAGCCAGUCAUUCAUUCGUUUGUAUGGAUUAAAAAUGAGUUUUCUCAGUAAGUUUUACUUCCAGGUAUUUCUAAAACCUGGAUUAAGUCAUAGACCAAAAAAUAAAAAUAAACAUUUCCUCUAUUCCUUUAAAAAAAUAGCAACAUUAUUUGCCCUCUACCAUACCUCAGAAUUUCUUUAUCGUAAGAAUUAUACUUAUAUUGACUCUUUUUCGUCAAACUACUCAUCUUAUUAGUAUCCAUGUUACGCAAGGAAACAAUUUAUUAUUUUCCCCCAUUAGGUCCAAUCUAAGUGUUUUCAUAUUAUCAAGGUGAUACUGUCUUAUUAAAUAAAAUAUAAAACAUUCAAGACAGCUAAUAACUCUCACAGAUGUAUAUUUAAUUUUCCAAUUUCUCGUUUUCAAAACUACUCCUGUAUGCAGCAUUUUAGACUGCGACUUGGAAUCAAAUGAUAACUCAUCUUUUUAACAAAAUAGUUUAUUAUGGUAUCCAUCUCACCCCUAUAAUCCUAUUCUAAUCUUACCCCCGCUCCUACAGAUCCCCUCUACACCCUCCCCUUCCUUGUCCAAUCACUCCCGCUGUCCUCCCUCGUCUUCCUGACAAGAUCUGGAUUGUGUAAUUAAUUAAUGACAAACCUGUCAAGUGCUAAUCAAAAAACCUUCACACGUCAAAUUUCUGGACGUCAAAAAAGAAUGUGUGGCGUCCAAGAUAAGUCCCAGUGGACCCCCCAAUACAGAAGACAUUAAUAUGAAAUCUGUCACAUAAAAUUAGACUUGUCAGUGGUGAAAUGUUCGGCGCAUAAAAUGAAAAUAUAGGCAAGAUGGGGAAACGGUAAGAAAGUUAAAUAUGAUGUCUUUCCAGACUCAUGGUUGCUGACUACGGCAUGAUUAUUCCAUUAAUUGAUUUGUCUGGUGGUAUUCAAGCUGAACCGAAAAUUUCACAAGUAUCUGAUACAUUUGUGUAUGAGUCUGUAACCAAUAGUAAUUCAGAAAUGCAAAAUAUGCGAUGUAGUUUUUCUUGCAGACUUCAUUACCUAAAUAUUGCUGUGAAUAAAAUCUUAAGAUAAUUCUUCCCCUGGCUUUAAAUUACUUAACGCAUGUUUCACUUUGCACAUAUCAUACCUUGCAUUAACAGUUAGUAGGAACCUCUCUCUCCAAUGACAAGCCAGAACAUGACUUUAAGUGGGAACUUCUCUCUCCAAUGACAAGCCAGAACAUGACUUUAAGUGGGAACUUCUCUCUCCAAUGACAAGCCAGAACAUGACUUUAAGUGGGAACUUCUCUCUCCAAUGACAAGCCAGAACAUGACUUUAAGUGGGAACCUCUCUCUCCAAUGACAAGCCAGAACAUGACUUUAAGUGGGAACCUCUCUCUCCAAUGACAAGCCAGAACAAGAAUUCAAGUGGGAAUCUCUCUCUCCAAUAGCAAGCCAGAACAAGACUUUAAUUGGGAACCUCUCUCUAAUAACAAGCCAGAACAAGACUUUCGACAUGUUCGAUCUCACACGAAGCUCCCAUUAGCUCAAUGCUGACUUCACCGCUGGUGAUGAUGUCUGUAACUAUAGCGUCGUGAAGACACGGCGUCGAUGCCACGUCCAAACACCGGCUCAUUUAGAACUGGCUGUGGAUUUUGAUCAGUAAAUAAUGAUGAUGAUUUUAGACGAGCGGCAUCAGUUGCUAGCUUAGAAGUGCAGCAUUGAUACCAAGCGGGGAACCGAUCCUUUGACAACAUUGAUACCAAGCGGGGAACCGAUCCUUUGACAACCAUGAUACCAAGCGGGAAACCGAUCCUUUGACAACAUUGAUACCAAGCGGGGAACCGAUCCUUUGACAGCAUUGAUACCAAGCGGGGAACCGAUCCUUUGACAGCAUUGAUACCAAGCGGGGAACCGAUCCUUUGACAAGACGAUAUCCUACCCAGGAUGUGUGGGGCAACCAUGCACCCCGAAAGGUUACCUGAAAGAUUUCUGCAGUGACGAAAGAUUAAUUGGGUAUAGGGCUCGUCAAGAGGAUUGGAACGAUUGACAACCUAGAGCAAGUUGUGUUUUUCGUUGUCAAGCAAUGGGGUAUGUCAUUAGGUGUGUAGUAGUAUGGAGCAGUUCGCUUCGGGGUGCUGUGACAUGGAACACUAUGUUUGGUGUGUUGUAACAAAGAAUAAUUCGUUUAAUCAUGAAGUAGCAAGGAGCCCUUUGUUUUCGUGUAUGGAAGAUUGCAAUUUUUAAAUCGUUAGCAGACUGGAUUUUUAUCCACAUUAAGGCCUGGCAUAACAGUGCAAGUGUUACCCACUGAAGCCAGUUUCAGAACCUUUGUUCCUCAGAAUACCAGUUUAUUUUUCCAGCAUAUAAGUGAAACGUUGCCUGAUAUCCACGAUUGUCAAUUGGCAAAACUGUUGUUAUUAAUAGCAUGCAAUUACCCCGUUGGUAUAAUGAUAAUGAUGCCUAAAAUCAACGCUGCUCGGUAACGCCUGCUGACUGUCUGCGUCAUUUCGUGAUAACAAGCUGCUCUUGCCUGUGUAGAUCUGUCUGUUGAGUUUGUGUGCUAAGUGGGUUGUAAAAAUUAUUUGUUGAAAGUUAAUGACAUCAACUAAUGCAUUAUACUUCGUUUCUGUGGUUCGAAUGUGCCUCAGUUAGUUUGCAAAUCUCGACUCAAAAUAUUUGUUCGUUGCACUUUGGCAUGAAUGGGCCCCAAACCCGAGCUAAUGGCAGCACACCUCCAUACCGAAUGCAGUGGCCACGUCUAAGCUUUGUCGGCGCCCCUCCUGACCCCUGGCAUGGCAUUCCACCAAAACAGAUAAUCUUUCCCCCAACGACACUUUUCCAUACGUCCUGCCCACCUCUCCCUCGAAAUGGGAACCUCCCUUACCCAACUUUUUGCUACCCUCCCAAAAGAUUAUUCCAGCCAUCUCUCCAUCGUUAAGUAGAAUGCUUACAUAUAGAAACAUCAGAUGUAAGACACAGUGUAGUGUAACAACCUAGCUGAGAAAUAAUCUGGUCUUUAUGUAGCUUCUGUAACAUAAUUUUUCUCUAAAGAAAUUCUGGUUUCUUAGUUCUACUGUCAACAUGACCUCGUGCAGUUGAAUCCACCCUAAUCCACCGGGGCCGCCCUCGAGCAUGUUACCAUAAUGCCAGCACCUCACCCCUCCCAAGCUAGCGCACGUUAUUUAGAGCAUUUUUUGGUUUCAAAUUUAGCAACUUUUAAAACUCGUUAAAUAAAUAUUUAUAGCAGCUGUUUUUGGUUUUUUUUAACGAGUCUCGAAAAAGAGAUGUUCUUUGACAUCUUUCACCCCGUUGUGACUUAAUGUUGUAGCUCCCCAGAAAAGAAGAAUGCCAUGAGUUAUGCCACAUAUCAACCAAGGGCCAUAAAGUUAAUCCUGCCAAAUUAUCUGCCCUCUGUAGUAGUUGUCUGGGGUUGUUUUUAUGUGGGGAAGGUAUCGACUCCGGCUUCACGUUUCGACUUUAUUUUCAGAGUUCUCUCUUUUUAUUGAUAAUUACGGUAAUGUUAUCUUCAAUAACAUCCAUGAAAAAUGUCACGAUAAGGUAAUGUGUUUCUGAGAUAAUAACUGUAGAUUCUCUAUAUCCCGACGUCCAGUUAUCCGGACUCGUAUUAUGUUAUAUAAAGGUCUUCACGAAGUUCAAACCCCUCAGAUAUUGCUAUAUAUUGCUAAUUAUUAUAAUUGAUCAAUUUCGUUGGGUCGUUGCAUGGAGAAAAUUAAAACUUUACAGCACUCUUCGUUACUACGCCCUUCCAGGCAUAUUUUACACCCUGUAUUAAAUUCAUAUUCAUUUCAUUCAGAGUAUCGAUUCCUAUUUAAGGUUGUUCAGGUAUCGCAAGUAACAUUUGUUUUAUGUAGGCUGCAGGUCAAGGGAGACAAAUCUUCGUCUUUACGACACCGGACAUGCAACAUGCAUUCUGGGCAGACAGGGAAAGGUACCCAUGUCUCCACUUGUCUUACAUUACAAUUUUUACCUGUGCAAACAAAGAUUCAUUACUGUUAGACUCUUAACAAUCUAUUUACCUAAAAUGAAGAUACGCCACAGCAUUGUUUAGUACUGUAGCUCUUCUCACUUCGUGCAACUUUGUGUUUGGAAACCAACUCGUUGACUUUGAAAUGGCCAUGGUCACCACUUUACACAUCGAUGCUGGUAACCUCAAUCGUGUUUUGUUUCAAAAAGUAUAUACAUAAAGAUAAACAAAUUUAACUUAAGAAUAAUUAGUUGAAAUAAUCGCUUAUGUAAAGUGUGUUGAGCACUAUUUGAAAUUUCAAUAUAAAAUUAAGCGGUGUUCACCCACAGGAAAAUGAAACUGAAAAUAUGCUAUCUAAGACACACCCCCCCCCAUAACGCAAAGGCUGGAACGAUCAUAAAACGGCCUGGUAUUUAGAAUAAAUAAGGAUUGAAAUAAUCGCUUAUGUAAAGUGUGUUGAGCACUAUUUGAAAUUUCAAUAUAAAAUUAAGCGGUGUUCACCCACAGGAAAAUGAAACUGAAAAUAUGCUAUCUAAGACACACCCCCCCCCCCAUAACGCAAAGGCUGGAACGAUCAUAAAACGGCCUGGUAUUUAGAAUAAAUAAGGAUGUUAGAUGAAAGGACACCGGAGUCUUGGUAGCUAAGACUAAAUAAGUUUGAGAGCCUCUGGGCAAAGAGAUCACAUCCUGAUGUCUCGUGUCCCAGCUGUUUGACAAUGCGCACAUUAGGAAGUGUGAUCAUGUUAGGGUAUAGUUGAUUGUUUACGUCACGUGACCCGUGAGUUAGGUGAAUGGUGAGGCCCAAGGAAACAUGAAACUACUCUUUGCAAGGAACACGGAAAGGGAUUAUCUUGUCCACGGUGAGGUCAUCCUGUGGAGGUGAACCUCUGGAGAUGUCCAACAUAUGGCCCCAGCAUCCACGAGUCCACUCACAUGGCUUCAUAGAGGCAAACUGCGUUGGCCUGAGAAGUGGCUAUGUGAUUGCUGCAUGGUAGGGGGGGGGGGGGGGGGGGAGGCUUGUCCUUUGAACAAAACAAUGCGAUUUGUUAAUAGAGUUGUGUCAGUAAAGACCCAGUUGUACCCAAUAAUAAUAAUAACAAAUACAAUAAUACUAAUCAUAAAUAAUAAUAAAUGAUAAUUGAUAAUAAAUACUACCUAUAAUAACAUGAUUAAGUUAUUGUUAUGAUAGUAAAGGGACGUAAACAUGUAAUAUAAUGAUGGAGGAAAAAAAAAGGCUACUACGAUUUAUUUUGAACAAGUUUCUUUGAUUUUGAUUCUAGUCAAUAAAUUAUACUAAGAAAAUAGCGGGGUUCAAUUUGAUGGUCAUUGUGAACUUUUUAACUUUUCAUUUUCCUGGCUGUCUAUGUCCUGUCCAUUACGUACUUCCUUUUGACUAUAUAUUGUCCUUCAUAUCUUUGAAUGGCCCACUAUUCACUGUUUGACAGCUUGACUGGCCCUUUCUUCACUGUUUGACAGCUUGACUGGUCAAAUCUUUGCUCUGGGAGUUAGCCUGGCCCUUUCUUCACUCUGAUAGUUUAACUGGCCCUUUCUUCACUGUUUGACAGCUUGACUGGCCCAAUCUUUGCUCUGGGAGUUAGCCUGGCCCUUUCUUCACUCUGAUAGUUUAACUGGCCCUUUCUUCACUGUUUGACAGCUUGACUGGCCCAAUCUUUGCUCUGGGAGUUUGACAGGCUCUUUCUUCACUCUGAUAUUUUAUACUGACCCAAUCGUCACUAUUACAGUUUGACUGGCUCUUUCGCGGCUCUGACUGUUUGACUGACUCUUUUGUGGCUCUGACAGUUUGACUGGCUCUGUGUUUAGCCUCAGUCCCCGAAACGAUGACUACAGCAUGAGUUUUCGAAACAUUUAUACUAUAAGUUUUGUGUUGGCACUUGAGUCACUAUGGUCUCAUAGGGGUUACUGCAUUCUAUGGUGUCAUGAGGGUUACUGCACUGUAUAGGGUUAUGAGGGUUACUUCAUUCUGUAGUGUCAUGUGGGUUACUGCAUUCUGUGGUGUCAUGUGGUUUACUACAUUCUGUGGUGGCAUGUGGGUUACUGCAUUCUGUGGUGUGAUGUGGGUUACUGCAUUCUGGGGUGUCACGUGGGUUACUGCAUUCUAUGGUAUCAAGUGGGUUACUGCAUUUUGUGGUGUCAUGUGGGUUACUGCAUUCUGUGGUGUCAUGAGAGUUACUGCAUUCUAUGGUGUCAUGUGGGUUACUGCAUUCUAUGGUGUCAUGUGGGUUACUGCAUUAUAUGGUGUAAGUGGGUUAGGGCAUUAUAUGGUGUAAUGUGGGUUACUGCAUUCUAUUGUGUCAUGAGAGUUUCUGUAUUCUGUGGUGUCAUGAAAGUUUCUGUAUUCUGUGGUGUCAUGAGAGUUACUGCAUUCUAUGGUGUCGUGAGAGUUUCUGUAUUCUGUGGUGUCAUGAGAGUUUCUGUUUUCUGUGGUGUCAUAAAGGUUACUGCAUUCUAUGGUGUCAUGAGGAUAAUAAUUGCAUUGUUUUCUUUUUCAUAAUUAUUUCAACACCAACUAACCCCCCCCCCAACCCAGGACAUUAAAAGUCUAAUGCAACGUUCUACUAUAUAUAUAUAUUAAUAUUUGCUUGUCAUAUAUGAAAGGACACCGCUACGUUAACACUCAGGCUGUUUUAGAUGGAGAUAGAAGGCGUAUUUAUUGAAAAUGUUCACCCAUCUUAUGGUAUCAGUGAAUGCACAGCCUAUCAAGAAGUCUAAUUACUAUUGUUUUCUUUCAGCCAUGGACUCUAAUAUAACACUAUGGCAGUUCCUCCUGGAGCUGCUUCUCAACAACCAGCACCAGAACAUCAUCCACUGGACCAGCCAGGAGGGCGAGUUCAAGCUGGUCAAUGCCGAAGAGGUCGCACGUCUGUGGGGGCUCCGUAAAAACAAACAGAACAUGAACUACGACAAGCUGAGCCGAGCUCUGCGCUACUACUACGACAAGAACAUCAUCAAGAAGUCUCUGGGACAGAAGUUUGUCUACAAGUUUGUCUCCUUCCCGGAGAUUGUCAAGACAGAGACCAAAGUGCCUUUCAAGGUAAGUUCACAUAGCACAUACAAACUCAAGCAAAUCAAAAUAUACAUACUUAAUACAGUCAUAUAACUGAUAGGAUGACAUACAUUUUAAGGAUCUAUUCUAUGUAUGUAAACCAAUGAGCUAAAUGCUGUGUUUAAAACAGAGCUCGUUAAAACUGCCCGGUACACAAGUACCAAAAACGUAAAUUGAGUCAUUUGUUCAUAAAAUGCCAACAUUACAAUUAGUUUUAAUCAUUUCUGGACAGUUUCGACUUUAAUUGCUUCUCUUAAACGGAAAUAAAAAUACAACAAUUUUUUUUUUUUUUUUUGUGGGGGGGAGGGAAAAAGAAACGUGUGUAAUAAUGACUUGUGUGAGUGGAGCAUCGAGGCAGUUGGCAUAUAUGAAGGUCCCGUCACCCCAGUUUCACUUAAAAAAGAUAUGAAAUAUACUCGUAUGUCAAAAUGUACUAAAAAAAGUGGUACUUUGAUGUUGUUUUUGAAUAAGUAUUUACUACCAGUAGACAGAGUAUUCUAUUUUAAAUGAUAUGGUGAUAAUUGUCAAGAUGAGCAUCUGUUUCCGUAAGAUAACAUUACCAGAUUAUGCUGAAUUGCACAAAGACAUAGUCCCUCUCCUCCUCCCCCCCCCCCUUAUUUUUUUUCAAAAUAUGUAUACAAAUUCGCUAAAAAAUAAAUUAUUUAAUAUAUAUAUAUGUAUAAGUUGUGAACACAAUUUCAAAAAUUAAUGAAAUAGUAUCAAUUAAAGACAUAGUCCCUCUCCCCCCCCCCCCCCCCCUUAUUUUUUUUCAAAAUAUGUAUACAAAUUCGCUAAAAAAUAAAUUAUUUAAUAUAUAUAUAUGUAUAAGUUGUGAACACAAUUUCAAAAAUUAAUGAAAUAGUAUCAAUUGGAAUCACUUAAAUAUUAAUGUCUCUGAAAUAAAGAAAUAGCUUUCCUCAAUCCACGUGUUCUGCAUUUCUUCCUAGUUUAAAAAAAAAAAAAGAAAAGUACAAAAAAUCCCGUCAGAUAUCCAUCUCUUCCAUUUGGUCCAGGUUUUUUUGGUAUGGUCUCCAUAGAUUUGCCCCUCCUCUCUUCCUAUGUAAACCCACCCCAUUUUUGUUUGUACACAAAGGUCCGUGACAAUCUCCUGAGAAGAACUCAAUCUCUCCGUGCCGAGCGCAAUGUCAGGAAUGUAAGAGCCAGAGCUCGGGCCAGGCUUCCAAUGUCAUGCCAGCUGACCUCAUUUCGUGCACAAAGGACCAGGAACGGAAGAGUUCUGACAAAAUUAUGAUUAUAACUUUCUUAUAAAUAUAAAUAUAUAUUAACUUUCCUGAUUUUUAAAGAAAAAAAAAAAUGUAGUCUUAAAAUGUCCCGUUGCUAAGCGUGUCUUUUUGUUUUCUUUGACUCUGAAACGCUGUGCACCCAAGUGGAGAAGCUCCACUCACCUCCCAUAGAGUUCUACUUAUAAACCAAAUCGACAACUUUGUGAUCUCAUGUCGCAUCACUAUGAGGUAGUCACAACACUUAUAGUAAAUACUUGGACUCUAUAAAGUCUGCUGAAUUUAUCCUUAUCUUCAAAGCAGCUCUCUUUAAUAGCGAUUAAUGGUGUAUUCGUUUCAACAUGCUUAUAUACAGAAAAUACAUUUUGAAAUGUUAACACGACAAUGUUCUUAAUACAAGAAACAACUGGUCUCAUUUUAAAUCGCGGUAUAUUUUUUAUUUUAUUUUUUGUGUGUGGUCCUGUAGCAAGCUCGAAAACAAGUGCGUCACGACAAACUUCUUUCCUCCAUAUAAUUCCUCCAAAUCCAUCGUGUGAGGAAUGCUCUUUCACUCCACUCCAGGUCUUAGUGGCCAAUAAACGCCUCAUUCAACACACUCUGGUAGGGUAUGGUGUGUUCAUGUGUUGCCAGAUAGCGUAUGUCGUGUUCCUUUUAGGUUGAUACGGUCUUCUUCAGUUGAAAAAAAUAAUUUUGUGUUAACCCCUUAUUGGUUGUAGAGGCCCACAUUUUUUACUGUUACAUUGAAACGUUCCCAUCUGUGGUCUGGCAGGUUUACACAGCUGAGAUUCGGUGCAUGGCUCAGAUUUUUAAGGAACCUGGUUUUUUUAUAUUAAAAUUUGGUGGACAUUCGCUGUAAAUUUUGCCACAUUAAUGUGGUACACUUCAGGAAUCGAGAGUAGAAACAAAGAUGUUGGCCACCCUGCAUCAAUUGAAUGAUAUGGGUAUGCUAUCAACUCCAUGACUUAUGUCAUGUUCUGCUGAAUUUGUUGUCAUCAUAUGACUUUUUUUUUUUACAUUUUCAGGUAAAGAUGGAGUCUCUGGCCCACGAAUACGGUCAGAGGGUCCUACCCCACUUUGCCUCCUACAACCCUCACCAGAUCAAAGCAAGCCAAGAUGCAGCACUCAAGUUUUCCAUGCAGAAACAGCAGCCUAAUCAGCCCCAGCCAAAUCAACUGGUACACCACAACGACGACGACAGCGAUGACAGAAAUCAAAUGUCUAAACACAGACCACUCGACCUGGAAAAGAGGUCGCCUGACCGAUACAUUCAACGAGAGAGGGAACAGCGAGAGAAGGAAAGGGAGAAGGAAAGAGAGAGGGAAAGGGAAAUGAGAGAGAAUCUUGAUCCUCAUCGUAUUUCGUCACACCCCACCAACCACCCUCAUCCGCUGAUAGCGCCUCCACCCUCCCACCACCUCCAACACCACCACGUCCACAUCCAUCACACACACCCCCAUCACCCCCACCACGCCCAUCAUCACAGAUCAGACGACGACGACCGCAGCCGCCUCCGAAGUGCCUGGCAGCCUUUAUACCUGAGCCCGGAGCCGUCUCACCCUUACAGGGACCGGGAGCCCCUCAACGCCCCGCCUCGCACGGCCAGCAGUGGCAGCACCAGCAGCAGCGCCAGCAGCCAUCACAACCACAACAUGUACAGCAGCGGUUCGAAUCCAGAAAUACGAGUGUGCAGCCCGAGAGGUCGCAGUGCCAGUCCUGUCAUCAGUCACGGGAGAAGGGAUUACUCUCCCCACCGAAACAACCCGUCUCCGCCCAUGACGGCCAUGAACUUGGUCAAGACAUCGUCCUCCUCAUCCUUAACGCCUCCCUCAUCUAACACGUCGUCCUCCAGGAGCCCCUCAUCCUCCCCGAUGCCUCUAACUUACAGCAGCAGUCAUCUAGCCGGCUCCUCCUCCAGACCCGCCAUCACGGCCUCCUCAAUGGUCUCUGCCCCAUCCAAACCCAAACCUAGCCCCAUAAGCCUCGGGAUUCCGUCCCUGGGUUCCGGUCAGAUUGGUAGUGCUCCGUUAACCCCUGUCUCAACACAGAUGUCCAUACUGUCACCGACAGCCAAGCACCCCAUGUCCGCCUUCCACGGCAUCCCAACCCCAUUGUUUCUCUCCAGCCCCAUGCACCCGGUCCAUUUUUGGACCUCUCUAAGCCCCGUCACCACCCUCAGCCCGAGACUCAACUCCUCGGGUUCCGCCUUCCAAUUCCCAAGUUUCUUCAAUGGACCGCUGGCGUUCUCACCGCUGGUUGGAAGCUUCACCGCCUCGUCGUCUUCUGGCGUUGACAACCUGGGCACGCCUGGACUGGUGUCCACCCCGACAAGGACGAUCCCUGUCCUCUGACAAUGAAUCAAACGGACAUUGCAGCUGGUCAGUCAGAGCUUGGGGGGCCUCCUAACCACGUGAUUUGACUUCUCAUGGGUACUUUGCUGCAAGCUGGCAUCUAGUAACUCUCUGGAACUUGGACACUUAUGACCAGGUCACAUGGUGUGAGGCCCCUAUGAUGGCCAGUACACCAUGUGACCAGCACCAGCCGCUGAAACUGUUAUUGGUUUUCGUCUGCUAAUCAAAAUUCAACGCUGCACACUCACUUCUGUGUGCUAGAAUGGUCUGUCUGAUUAUGUGUGUACUAAUGGCGACAUUAAACAGAAUUCUAUCACCCACCGACACACAUAUAUUUAUCUGGGUCUCUCAUAAGAGCUCCAUGAACGUGUACAGGUGUACAAGUACAAGGAUUAUUAUUAUAUAUAUAUAUAUAUAUAUAUAUAUAUAUAUAUAUAAACAAGAGUGUUGCGAUAGGAUUUCUCAAAAGUUUCAAGCUUGGACAUGACCUUGACCCACAAAGAAACUUGCCUUCAUGGGAACUGUGUUGACAUCACGAGGUUUCUGUUCAAGUUCAAGUGAGAUGCUCUCAAUAUUGGUCCUAGGGAAUGAGCCCAACAGGACCACUGACACUCAUCCUUACUAUCGCAUUAGCUUUGUCGAAUGUGAGGGUCUCCCAUGUUCAUGUCUGUUACUUACUUUUAUUAUGAAUGCUAUCCUAUGACCAACACGACUGUAAUAUGACCUGUAAGAGCUCUUACACAGGGUUUAGUUUUUAUUCUAAAGAAGAAAAGAAAAAGGUAAGUAAGAACUUGAGCCGUGCGAGCUGGCUGACAACACACGGCAUGGAAAGUCUGGUUAUUGAGACAACACGGUAGACAGGGGGGAGAACAAACAUGUCGACGUGGCUAAAUCCUCUGGGGAAAGGCGGGACUGACAUGGCUAACAGAAAUAACAUUGGGAUGUUUCACGACUGUCCCGAUCAUUGGAGGGGCGGGGCUUUCCUCAAUAAAUAAAGGACUCGAUUUCAACAUUGCCUUGUAGGUGCUACGGGUAUAUAUAGACGUACUACAACAAAGUACAUUGAAAUAUGUAUUGCUGAUCAAUGUUAAUGUUGUCAAGUGUUGGAAUCAUGACUUAUUUGAAACGUUCUGUGCUACUUUUAGUAGACGUUGGAGCGCAUCAAGGCAUUGGUGUGUCCGACUGUAAACGAUUCUAAAGAUGGGUUACAGAAUUAUGACGAAAGAACUUCUGUUCUUGAACUAACACGUGUAGGACUAAAAUCCAAAGAUGGCAACCACGCGGCCUCAGAAGUCUCCUACUAGCCGUCUGACCAUCGCAGUCUGCCAUUUACCGGGGUUCACUAAAGUGGUCGUUAAAAGAGUCAUUACAGCAGGAGACUCGGGCGCGUGUCAUAGAAAUAAAUGGCUGGCUGGCUGCCAACACUAGCAUCUAACUAAUGUACAACAAUUAUGCCAGGAAAACGUAACCUUAGUUAUGAUUGCCUUAACUAUCCCCCCCCUCCUCC